AUGAAAACUAGCAGCGGGUUUCCUGCUUGGCUCAAAAAGAAAAUGUCCCCCUUCCCGGUGUGUCCCCGCCGCAGGUAAGGACUCUGUCUCCUCCUUGUUCGCUGUCUUUGUCUCUCAGUGUCUCUGUCUGUCUCUGUCUUUGUCUCCCAGGUGAUUGUCAUGGACGGACCGGACCAUCCGGGUCGGUUCUGCCGGGUCAGCGAACCAUCGCAGACGUUCCGCUUCCUGGACCAGGCCCUGGAGGUUCUGCGGGGCUUCAGCGAUCAGCGCCAGCAGACCCGGUUCUGUGACGUGGUUCUGGUGGCGGCGGGCCAGCGGUUCCGGGCCCAUCGGGCCCUGCUGGCCGUCUGCAGCCCCUACUUCCGGGCCAUGUUCACCCUGGGCAUGAGGGAGGAGCUCCAGCCGAAGGUGCAGCUGGUGGGCGUGUCCUCUGUGGGCCUGGAGGCGGUUCUGGACUUCCUGUACAGCGGACAGCUGCAGCUGGACAGACGAAACGUCCACGACGUGCUGCAGGCCGCGCACCUUCUGCAGAAUGUUCUGGUUCUGGUUCUGGUUCGGCAGCUGUGGCGUGCCGUGGAUUUCUGCUGCCAGUACCUGGAGCAGCAGGUGAGCGAGGAGAACUACCUGGACCUGCAGCAGCUGGCCCGGUUCUACAGCCUGGAACGGCUGGACAGCUUCAUCGACCGCUGGGUUCUGGCCCGGUUCUCCAGGCUCCGCCUCACUCCAGACUUCCUCCAGAACCUUCCGCUGCACAAGCUGACCUCUUAUCUGUCCAGCAGCCAGAUCCAGUACGACAGCGAGCAGAACCUCUUGCAGGCCGCUCUGCAGUGGCUGGGCCAGAACACGGACCGGACUCCCCAAGCCAAGCAGCUGCUGACCCACAUCCGGUUCCCCCUUAUGCCGGCCGGAGACCUGGUGGGCCGGGUUCUUCCGGCGAUCCGAGCCCAGCUGCCCGACGGAACCGGCUGCCAGCAGCUGGUGGAGGAGGCUCUGCGGUACCAGGCCCGGCCCAGCGCCCAGCCGCUGCUGCAGACGGACCGAACCGCGCUGCGGGGCGGGGCGGAGCGGCUGCUGCUGAUUGGUGGAGAGGUGGGCGAGCCCGGCCAGGACCUGAGCGGCAGCAUGUGGCGGCUGGACGGCGAGUCGGGCCGCUGGGAGUUGCAGGCAGUGGUGCCUGCGCCGCGCAGCCACCACUGCCUGGCGGUUCUCGGGGGCUUCAUCUACGCCGCGGGCGGCAGCGCCUCCAGGGACAACGACGAAGACGCCGCCUGCGACCGGCUGCACCGCUACGACCCGCGCCUUGAACAGUGGACCGAGUUUGCGCCGAUGAACCAGCGACGGGUCGACUUCUACCUGGCAGCCGUUGGCGAGUCGCUGGUCGCCGUGGGGGGCAGGAACGCCGGCGGGGCGCUGGCGUCCGUCGAGUUCUACCGCCCUGCCGAGGACCGCUGGGCCUAUGGGCCGCCGCUGCCCAGGCCCACCUAUGGCCACGCCGGCGCCGUCCACCAUGGGGCGAUCUACAUCUCUGGGGGUCACGACUUCCAGAUCGGGCCGUACCGGCGGGACGUGCUGAGCCUAGACCUGGCCCGACCCGGCGAGGCGUGGCGGAACCGCCCGCCCAUGUCCGUGGCCCGCGGCUGGCACCGCAUGGCAUCACUGCACCACCUCGUCUACGCCAUCGGGGGCAGUGACGACCAUGCCGACACCGGCGAGCGCUUCGACAUCCUGGAGGCCGAGUUCUUCGACCCGCGGUCGGAUCAGUGGACCCGGGCGGCGCCACUACUACGGCCCGGCAGCGAGGCGGGCCUGGCGGUCUGGGCCGGCAGGAUCUACGUGCUGGGCGGCUACAGCUGGGAGAGCGUCGCCUUCUCCCGGGUCACGCAGGUGUUCGACCCGGAUGCCGGAUUCUGGUCCCGAGGGCCCGACUUGCCCAUGCGCAUCGCCGGCGCCGCCGCCUGCGUGUGCAUUGUCAGGGCGGAACCGCCGCGUCCGGAACAAGAGAAGAAGGAGCCGGGCUGAGGAGGCGGGAGAGCAUCGCCGCCUUAGUUGCGCUGAUUCUGCUGCUGCUGGGUCAGAACCACUGGAACCACGAGUUCUGCUCUAUAACUUAUGCACAUUUUAUUCUCUAUUAGAACCAGGCCCAGUUCAUCUGCUGCACGUCUACCAGGUCGGGUCGGUCCACCCAGCUGCCGCUUAACCUUCAUUGAUCAUUGCAGAAAUGCCUUCAAGACUUUUAUUGUGAAAGAGCAGAAACAGGAAACCAGCUUCUUCAGAUUUAUUUAAGAUCAAAGGAAGAAACAAUCUGAUCAGAUGUUUGCUUUUUAAAAUGUUUCCAGGAGAACUAAAGCGCUGCAGACGGUUCUGUUCCGGAGCGGUCCAGAACCACGGGAAGGAAGCGGGUCUGCAGGUCCAGACAGAACCAAGUAGCUUUUGAUACCUUGUGGUUCUGUCUGGACCUGCUGCCAGGCAUGGUAGUGGCAGCAUCGUGCUGUUUGAGCUGAAUUGAGAAUAUGGUUGUUGGACCCAGAAGAACCCCGGAACCAGGCGGGUUCUAGACUGGAAGAAUUUAGAUUUAGUGGGAGGGUAUGUAAACAUUUGAGCUUGUGUGUAUCUGAGAAAAUCAACAGCAAAUUCAAAGAUGGCCGACAGAUUGAAACCGAAAGCCGACAUGACGCAUGCCGGGUCGACAGUUCUGGUUCCAGGUCUGUGGUUCCGGGUCAGAGGUCAGAACAGACUUUGUUUUUUAGCUCUAAGCAGAAACUCUGGAAGAAUCAAAGUAUAAAAAAUGAAUCGGAUUUGGCGGUUCAUCAGAACCAGCCAGACUGGACCUUUACACUCCAGAGGUGUUUAUGUGCUCAGUACUGUAAUAAAAGCAUCAGAACCACCAGAA